UUCCUUAUAGACAUUCUUAGAUCAGACUUCUUCAUUCACUCUUUAUUCUAACAUCAUUCGGACCCUCGUUGAUCUCUGUCGCUCAUUUGAUUCGAAAGAUGCGCCAGCACUCGCGCAUGGCCGUUGUUGCUUUGGCAGCAGGAGCGGAUGCAGCCUCUUUCACCGAUGUGUGCACCGUCUCCAAUGUGCAGGCUGCCUUGCCUGCUAACGGAACUUUGCUCGGAAUCAGUAUGAUCCCGUCAGCGGUCACGGCGAGCCCUCUGUACUACCAAUCGGCUGGCAUGGGCAGCACCACCACAUACGACUACUGCAAUGUCACCGUCGCCUACACGCAUACCGGCAAGGGUGAUGAGGUGGUCGUCAAGUAUGCAUUCCCUAAGCCCUCAGACUACAAGAACCGUUUCUACGUCGCCGGUGGUGGUGGUUUCUCCCUUUCCAGCGAUGCGACCGGAGGUCUUGCCUAUGGCGCUGCUGGAGGUGCCACCGAUGCUGGCUAUGACGCCUUCGACAACAGUUACAACGAGGUAGUCCUCUACGGAAACGGAACCAUCAACUGGGACGCCACAUAUAUGUUCGCAUACCAGGCCCUGGGAGAGAUGACCCAAAUCGGAAAGUACAUAUCAAACGGUUUCUAUGGCUCGACUAGCGACAAGAUCUACACCUACUACGAAGGUUGCUCUGAUGGAGGACGUGAGGGUAUGAGCCAAGUCCAGCGCUGGGGAGAGGAGUACGACGGUGUCAUCGCUGGUGCUCCCGCCUUCCGUUUCGCUCAGCAACAGGUUCACCAUGUGUACUCGUCCGCAGUGGAGCAUACCAUGGACUACUACCCCCCUCCAUGUGAACUGAAGAAGAUCGUGAACGCCACGAUUGCUGCUUGCGAUCCUCUUGACGGAAGAACCGACGGUGUUGUGUCUCGGACCGACCUUUGCAAGCUCAACUUCAACCUGACCUCUAUCAUCGGCGAGUCUUACUACUGCGCUGCUGAGACGAGCACAUCGCUCGGAUUCGGCUUCAGCAAUGGCAAGCGCAGCAAUGUCAAGCGUCAGGCCCAGGGCAGCACCACUAGCUACCAGCCCGCGCAAAACGGCACCGUUACUGCCCGCGGUGUCGCUGUUGCUCAGGCCAUCUACGACGGUCUCCACAACAGCAAGGACGAGCGCGCCUACCUCUCCUGGCAGAUAUCCUCCGAGCUCAGCGAUGCCACGACCGAGUACAACUCCGACACUGGCAAGUGGGAGCUCAGCAUCCCGUCAACCGGUGGUGAGUACGUCACCAAGUUUGUUCAGCUCCUAAACAUCGACAACCUCUCCGACCUCAACAACGUCACCUACGACACCCUGGUGGACUGGAUGAACACCGGUAUGGUGCGCUACCUGGACAGCCUUCAGACGACCCUCCCCGAUCUGACUCCCUUCCAAUCGUCCGGUGGCAAGCUGCUGCACUACCACGGUGAAUCCGACCCCAGUAUCCCCGCUGCCUCCUCGAUCCACUACUGGCAGGCGGUCCGUUCCGUUAUGUAUGGCGGUAAGACAGAAGAGGAGGCCCUGCAGGCCCUCGAGGACUGGUACCAGUUCUACCUGAUCCCCGGUGCCGCCCACUGCGGAACCAACUCUCUCCAGCCUGGCCCCUACCCCCAGAACAACAUGGAGAUCAUGAUCGACUGGGUCGAGAACGGCAACAAGCCCACGCGCCUCAACGCCACUGUCUCCUCGGGUACCUACUCCGGCGAGACUCAGAUGCUUUGCCAGUGGCCCAAGCGUCCUCUCUGGAACUCCAACUCCACCUUCGACUGUGUCAACGACGAGAAGUCGAUUGACAGCUGGACUUAUGAAUUCCCCGCUUUCAAGGUCCCUGUAUACUAGUGUACGGUAAGGUUGCAAGUUGUGGUUUACGUUCCUUGAAUAUUCUUCAUGGGUAACAGGACCACCACUGCUAAGAGAAGUUGAUCUUCGGGCUUCUAUCCCUGUUUUAUUCUCCUGGGCAUUCCGCUCUUUUGUUCAUGUAUUUGUGUAUUAACCUUGGUUGAAUGCACUUACGCAGACUAAGGACAGCCGAAACAGAUACGAAUUAUUA